GCCGGAAAGAAAAUAGUAGGUUAAAGUCAUGUUCACAAAGUGGAGGUUAAGUUUGCCUCUGUUCUCUUGGUUCAGCCAGAGAGGCCCAACUAUGGAAAGUAUAAUAGAACAAGUUGGGGAACUUAGUAUUAAUUUUAUGGAUGAUCUCAAACUUAAAAAAGAGAAAGGACAACUUCAGAAAUUAAUAUUAAAGCAUUUAGAAACUGUAUCAAGUCUUACUGAUACCAAAUUGACCCCUGAUUUCAAAGUAGGUUUGGAGUGGAUCAAUGUUACAGAACCAUUAUCUUUGCACAGUCACUUGAAAGGGAAGAUAAUAAUUUUGGAUUUUUUCACUUAUUGUUGUAUUAAUUGUAUGCACAUUCUGCCCGAUUUGAAAAGGCUCGAACAAGAAAUAUCUGUAAAAGAUGGACUAGUAGUUAUCGGUGUGCAUAGUGCAAAGUUCACUAAUGAAAAGAUUACCGGUAAUAUCAAAGAUGCUGUCAGACGAUAUGAUAUCACUCAUCCUGUUGUGAAUGACAAGAGUGAAUCUAUGUGGCAGACUUUAGGUGUACAUUGUUGGCCUACUCUGUAUGUUUUAGGGCCUAACAGUGAACCGUUGUUGAUGCUUCAAGGUGAAGGGCAUUACAAUACUCUAAAAAUGUUUGUCACUGAAGCGAUUUCUUUUUAUAAAAAAAAAGAAAGACUUUCAGAGAAAUCAAUUCCCCAAAUAGCUGCCUACAGCUUUCCCAAAAGUAAUAGUAUUCUAUCUUAUCCUGGAAAAGUGUCCGUUGAUUCUGAUAAGAAACUCAUUGCAAUAUCAGAUUCGGCUCACAAUAGGAUAAUUGUUGCCGAUAUCUCUGGUGAAAUAAUGUAUGAGAUAGGAGGGACAUCCCCUGGUUUAACUGACGGUGAUUUUACUACUGCAAAGUUUUUUUCUCCUCAAGGUUCGGUAUUUUCUCCAGACAGCAAAAAGUUGUAUGUUGCUGAUACUGAAAAUCAUUGUAUUCGGGAGAUAAAUUUUGAAACCAAAGAAGUAAGUACAAUAGUGGGGAUAGGUGCACAAGGACAUGAUUAUGUCGGAGGUAAAGCAGGGGCGAGACAAGCCAUUUCAUCUCCUUGGGAUCUUUGUUUGUUUAAUGAUGUUUUACUUAUUGCUAUGGCUGGAACUCAUCAAAUAUGGGGAUACUUUCUUCGAGAUACAGUUCUGUGGAAGAAGUCUUUUAAAGCAGAUACUUGUGCAGCUUUGGUUGGAAGUGGACGAGAAGAAAACAGGAACAAUAUUUACCCCUCAUCGGCCGGUCUAGCUCAACCCUCUGGACUGGCUUACGAUGGCACUAAUUUUAUUUAUUUUGCUGACAGUGAAAGUUCAUCGAUUAGAAAAAUCAGUGCGGAAACUGGAAGUGUCUCAGCACUCAUUGGUGGUGCCUCUGAUCCUCGGAACCUGUUUGCAUUUGGUGAUAAAGAUGGCAUUGGUACCGAUGCUAAGCUUCAGCAUCCUUUAGGAGUUUCAUGGAGUUCUUUCGAUAACUCUCUAUACAUAGCUGAUACUUAUAAUCAUAAAAUCAAAAAAGUCGAUAUUCUGUCUAAGGAUUGUGUUACCGUCAGUGAGCAGAAGUUCAAUGAGCCCGCUGGUCUCUGUGUACUUGGCAACAAAAUAUAUAUUGCUGACACAAAUAACAAUGAAAUAAAAGUUUUGGAGAUUAAGAGUCGAGCAUUAUCUACACUGAUUCUUAAGGAAACACCAGCUGUCGACAAUAAAAGAUGUGAAGAAUUUAAGAAAACUUCAGUUACCAUCAAUCCCGAAGGUUCUGAUUUAGAAUUGGAGAUAUCUUUGACUUUAACGAAUAAAUAUUCACUCACAAAAGAAGCACCCUCCAAGUGGAUGUUAUAUUUACCAGGUGACAAAGUAAUUACUAAGGAGGAAAAUUUCACUCUAACCCCUAAGUGGAAUCUCACUGUAACUGGUAAUAAAGUGAAAGAAAAUUCAAUAAAAGUUAAAAGCAGGUUAUUCUUAUGUGCUGAUGGCAAAUGUACGGUUAAAGAAUUAUUGUACAAUAUAGGCCUUAUAUUUGAUGAAAAUGCACCAAAGAAUGUAAAAUGUCAUAUAGAUAGCGAGCUUUAAUAAUAUAAUAGCUUUAAUAAUUUCCUUUAUUAACUGAAGGAAUAAUCGGAGUGUUUACCGGACCUAUAAUACCUGGAAAAUUUGGGGACUUUGAUGAAAGAAAUACCGAAAUUAUCAGAAUUUUACGAGAUAUGAGACGAGAGCCUGUCUUUGUUGUGAUAUUUUAGAAUCAUUGUUCACAAUUUUACUGAUGUAUGCACAAGUGUAUCUAUGACGUUUCAAACGUAUUACACAAUGUGUUCCUUGAUUUUUUUAUUUUUAUGAACGAUAAUUUUAUUAUAUAUUUGUGUGCUUAAGGUAAGCAAUUUAUUAAGAAUUUCUAAGGCUAGAAUAACAACUUUAGACCAUCAUAAUUUGAUUCUAAAAUGUAUCCAAUGAAAUUAGUAGUAAAAUGAAAUACAAUAAAAACUACAAAAGUAAUUUUAUGAAAUUAAAAAUGUGAAACUUUUUAAGUGUUGAAGUUGUUUUUUUUGGUCUUAAGAAUCUUUAAUAAAUAAUUUUUAUUUAUUUUUUAAUAAUUUAUUUUUUUCUAAUUAAAUAAUGUAGUUCUAUUUUCAAAACUAUUUAUUAAGAAAUUGUUUUUGUAUAAUCAAUAGUAAUUUGUGUUUUUUUUAUCUCCCGGAAAUUUAUAAUUUAAGUUUAAAAGUCAGUAUUAUAGAUGAUGUUUCUAUUAUUUUUAGUGUCAAAGAUGGUGCUUCCAUAUUUUUAAUUGUAUGCUACAGAGAGGCUUGUUUGUUAGGUAUCUAUCUUACAAACUUAUAUGUCAUACAACUAUAUUUUUUAUUAGGACUCCAAUAUUGUGGAUUACAGUAUUUAAAAUAUCAAAUAUUCUAGAAAUUAUAUUAAAUGAUUAUUAAUAAAGAUCAGUUAAGUCUUAUUACGUUUCGAUGACCUUGCAUUGUUCCCAAAUGACCUGGAAAAGUCAGGGAAUUUCAUGAGAAGGUUCCGGUCGACACUCUAAAUAAUUAAAUAUAUUUUAGACAGUUAAAUAAAAAAAUAAAAAAAUGAUAAAUUGUUAAGGUGAGAGGCUUUGGCUUCAUAGAAAUUUAUUUUAUAAUAAUUGGCACUAAAUAGCUUGUUAUAAGUAUCACAUAUUUAUUUUUGUAAUUUUACUAAUUUAUUGACUAAUUAAAUAAAGUGCUUUAUUUAUCACUUUUA